ACGACUGCGGGGCUGCAGAAGGAGGGAGACAUGUCUGAAAACACUCAGAAAGUUAGUUUCACUUCUAAUUUCCCCAUUUGGGAGGAGCUCUCCUCGAGUGAUUGUACACACUUCCUGCUCAGGGCUGAGCAGCCACACUCGACACAGGCUGGGGACACAGGAGGGUUCCAGGCCCAGAAAGAGCCCAGAGCAAGACGAUGGCCAGUGAAGGCACCGAACUCAGCACCAGUAUCCCUUCUCCCUAGGAUGUCCACAGAAGACCAGGGCAGAGACAACAGGUUUACCUACGAUAUUAGAUUCCAGCACUUCAAAAGAAAUAAGGUGGAGAUUUCAAGAGCAAUACAUAAAGAAUUUCCUUUCCUUCAGAUUCUUCGUGACCGUGAACUCAUCACCAAUAAAAUGUAUGAAGAUUGUCAAGAAUCUUGUAGAAACCUGGUCCCUGUACAGAGAGUGGUGUACAAUGUGCUCGAAGAGCUGGAGAAGACAUUUGACCUAUCACUCCUGGAAGCAUUAUUCAGUGAGGACAACAAACAGGAAUACCCUGCCUUAAAUACCAUUUAUAAAGGAUUUGAAAAUGAAAACCCUGAGAGCAUUUGUUUCCAAGAAAAUGAUGGAGACGAGAGUUUGGAGAACCCUAACACCCAACUAAGUCUUGAACAAGGCACUGGUGAAAACUCAUAUCAAAGCCUGACCUGGAUCUGCUCACAUCCCGCGAAUUACAAUGGUACAUCCCCACCUGAAAAUGGACUGUCAGAGCACCAUCGUGAAAGAGGACAGAUAAAUGUGAAUGAAACAGUUACAACCAGUAACAAUAAUGAUGCACUAGAAAGCCAACAAGCGAAUGAACAAUGUGCCCAAGAGACUGAGUCAGCAGAGUCUUACGAACAAGUACCCAUCCAAGGAAAUAAUGGAAAUGCAAGACUAGAGAUGCCCAGCCCAUUGCCCUCUGAUGAAGAAAGAGCAGAACUACCCAACCAUGGAAUCCAAAUAAAUUCCUGUUCUGUACGUCUGGUAGAUAUAAAGAAGGAAAAGCCAUUUUUUAAUACAAAUGCUGAAAAGGAAACCCAAAUAUCUAACGUAAUAGUGAUCAGCAGUGAUGAAGAUGAGUCUCCCAAAGCCUCUACCUCGGAACAAAGAAGGAGGCCUGAGCCCCUGGAUUUGAGAACAUCACCCACAUGCAGGAAAAGACUUUGGGAAAAUGGGAGAAAUCAUGAAGAGUGUUCUGAGUCCAGUGAAGAUGAGACGCCCCCGGCAAUCAGGGGUUAUACAAUGAGAAGUGAUCCUGAUGAGGAGGAUUCUCCAGAUAUUGGAAACCAAUCUACUCUGAAGAUGAGCAAUAAGAAAAGACGGAUCAGCAGUGGUGACUCUUCAGAAUUGAGUAAUGGAGAAGAGCCUCAGGAAACUUCUAGUUCAGCCCUCAGAAAUGGGUCAGAUACUAUGGAUAUUGGAAGCAGUUCUAUUUUGGAAAAACACAGUGGGAAACCAAGAAAAAAGAGAAGGCACAUAAGUAAAAAAACCAGUCCCCAAAAAGUGAGAAGCAGAGGCAGAGAUAGAAUCCAGUCUCUGAAUAACAGAGUCCCAAGGAAAAGAAGCAAACCAAAAGGGAUAAAAGCAGCCAACACCAGGCCUUUGAAAAGAAGCAGAAAAAGAGGUCCAAGAAUUCCCAGAGAUAAACAUAUGAACUUUAAACGCUCUAUACUUCCCGUGACCUGUGGUCCAGCAAAGGGGGAAUUAUAUAAAGAGAAAAUGAAACAAGGAAUCACAGCAAAGUGUAUAAAGACAAAUGAUGGGAAGCAGCUCACCCUCAAGGAAUUUGAAAUUGAAGGAAACUAUGAAAGGUCCAAGAAUUGGAGGCUGAGUGUGCGCUGCGGUGGAUAUACCCUGAAAGACCUGAUUGAGAAAGGAUUUCUACCAGACCCGCCGAGAACAAGAAAGAUAGUACCAGAUUCUCACAGUGAUAACAUUAUUGACCCAUAUCCAGAAAACUCAAAUAUAUGUGAGAUGUGCCAUAAAGGAGGAACGCUAUUUUGCUGUGAUACUUGUCCAAGAUCCUUUCAUGAGACAUGCCACAUCCGUCAUAUUGAUCCUCACAGGGUCCCAUGGAGUUGCAUCUUCUGCGAGAUAAAGUUUAUUCAGAAAAUGUGUCCAGAAAGUCAGCCAUGUCAUCAGGAAUCGGAGAUCCUAGAAAGGAAGAUGCUGCAUGAGGAGCACUUGAAAUGUGAGUUCCUCCUCUUGAAGGUCUGUCGCUGGUCAAAAAGCUCCUUUUUUAUCCAAAAACCAUAUUAUAGUAAAAGGCGAUCUCAGAGCCUGAAGAAGUGCAUGUGGUUAAACAAAAUCAGAGAAACACUGGCUUCAAAGUUGUACCUCCAAGUGAAGGAGUUUGUGCAGGACAUGCGCCUCAUCUUUCAGAACCACAGGAAAAUUUAUGAGGGCCAGAAAUUCAUCAUGCUGGGAAUUCAAAUAGAGGCCGAAUUUGAGAAAAACUUCAAAGACAUUUUUGGAAUUCAGUAAAUCAGCAAGAACAGUUCUCAGUCCAAGCCCAUUACUUUGUGAUUUUUGUCCAUUUCUGUUUCCCCCUUCAGAGACUCCAGCAGUACAUGGUCAAGUGCACGUGGUCCCGCUGACCAUUCUGCCUAAUGAUAUGCAAAAACAUUCACAUCACACUUCUUUUUUCAAACUUAUUUUGUCAUUAUUUCAGCUCAUUUAUUUUUCUAAAUAGAAAACGUAUAAUUGCUUUGUCCAGAUCUCUUAUUAAAUAAAUUGGAGUGAAAUUUACAAUAAAAAUAUUGAGUCUUUCUAUAAAGAA